AAGUCGGUCGCCAUGUUUCUUCUAACUUCAUUUAGAUCUGCAUUUUAUUUGUUUGAUUGACAAUAUAUACAUUUGUAAAUAAUAUUAAAAAUCUGUACAUACAAUUAUGUUGUCACCGCCAAUACAGAAUAAAACAUGCCAAAUAAAACAAGGACAAAGAAUUUGGGUGAUUCAGUAAGCUCUGUGAAUUCAGCCGCCUCAUUUUCGAUGGAUUUUUGUUCAAGACGAUCGCGAUUACAUGCUGCAGUCGGAUUUCACGGACGGUCACCUACUGCUGACACGUGGAAAAGUGACAACCAAAGUAAUCUGACAGAGGGAGAAGAGGAUCUUCCGGAGGGCGCCUUCUCGCUGCUUUCGCUGCUUCUCGUUGGGUUUCUGCUGUUCGUUCUGAUAUUCCUGUCGGUUGCGGGAAACGUGCUGGUAUGCGUCGCAAUUUAUACGGACCGGGGUCUACGACGUAUCGGCAAUCUUUUCCUGGCCUCGCUUGCGAUAGCCGAUCUAUUUGUCGGCUGUCUCGUCAUGACUUUUGCCGGUGUCAACGAUCUACUCGGUUAUUGGGUAUUCGGCCCUCGCUUUUGUGACACAUGGGUAGCGUUCGACGUGAUGUGCAGCACUGCCUCCAUUCUCAAUCUCUGCGCGAUAUCCCUCGAUCGCUAUAUCCACAUCAAGGAUCCUCUCAGAUACGGUCGUUGGGUGACCCGUCGGGUGGCCGUUGGUAGCAUCGCCACGGUCUGGCUCUUGGCUGCCCUCAUCUCCUUCGUACCAAUCAGCCUCGGCCUUCACAGACCUGACGAACCGAUUGUUUAUACCGAAGGGGAGCAGGAGUAUCCAACUUGCGCCCUCGAUCUGACACCGACUUACGCCAUCGUAUCUUCGUGCAUAUCGUUCUACGUGCCGUGCAUCGUAAUGGUCGGUAUCUACUGCAGGCUGUACUGCUAUGCCCAGAAGCACGUCAAGAGCAUAAGGGCCGUAACUAAACUGCCCGAUCCAUCAUCAAUCGGCAAAAGUUUUCGAGCCAAAAGUACGCGAUGUAAAUUGGCAACGUCCAAGCCAAAACCACCGACAAAGACGAAACCAACGAGUCCCUAUCACGUCUCGGAUCACAAAGCCGCUAUAACAGUUGGCGUCAUUAUGGGAGUUUUUCUCAUAUGCUGGGUCCCAUUUUUUUGCGUCAAUAUCGUCGCUGCAUUCUGCAAAACUUGCAUACCCGAUCGAGCUUUUCAGGUACUGACCUGGCUCGGUUACAGCAAUUCGGCCUUCAAUCCGAUAAUCUACAGUAUCUUCAAUACGGAAUUUCGCGAGGCUUUCAAGCGAAUAUUGACGAAAGGGGCGAGGGCCCGAGGCAAUCAGCCGUCAACGAGCGAGUGCGGUGAAUUCCGUUCGGUCAUUGUGCAAAAACGGAACGGUUCGAUCAUCGAGUGCAACAUCAGUCCAAGAUCGAGCGGAGACAGUUGUAACGUUGGCUCGGUCAUCGGUCAGAGACAUCGUGACACGAUAGUCAGUGCGAUAUGAGCCAGCACACAUUUCCUUGAUAUUCGCUCUUCCUCUCCAGCCCUUCCACCCCCAUCCGUCCUCUCUUCCAGCCCCCUGCUUCCUCUGCUCGUCCGAGUCUACGCGUACGAACGUCGUACGCGUGCAAAAACAAAUGCACAUGCGCCUGCUCAUCCCUUGAAAAGAAAAGAAAAGAAAAGAAAAAACACUUUAUUCCAAUCGUACGCUUCCUCGAUUCACUCGCUAAUCUCGUACGAAAAUAUGCGAGGUCUUCCGGGCCAAAUCGACGUAGCUCUCAUCUUUCAAAUUGUCAAUUAUUUUCGGGAUAACGACACGAAGAAGAGAGGUUGCUAAAGUUGUUCAGUUUUUUCGAAAAUUGAGCUUCGAAGUUUGGGGGAAUUUUUUGUUUUUGACGAGCUCAAAUAAUGACGAUAUUUGCUCUUAAUUUUUUAUUGUUUUUUUUUUUUCUUUUCCACCAUUCUCCAUAACAAAUUAAAAAAUAAUUAUUAAAGCGAAUGUCGCGAAUUUGACAGGAAACAAGCUUUGAAAUUUGAAGGUAUUUCCAUCUUGGAAAAUAACGGGGCAUUGGUUUUUCAUCGAUUUUUAUUUUUCAACGAAAAAUAAAAUGCUAUCGUUCGUAGAUGAACGAAUAAUGGAGUGGAAUGAUCGAAAUAAAUGUCGCUCACUUUUCGAAACUCUGUUAGACUCGUCGAUUCGAAGGGGUAUUUAAAAAUUUAACAGAAGUAAAAACAAUUUUUUAUUCUUGACUAUCCUCCGUUGAUCGGAGAAAGUUUUAGUUUAUUUUGGUGGUUGAAACGAGACGCAAAGUUGGCUGAAAUGUUUCAACUUUUUUUAACUUCGUAUGUGCGAACUGCUGUUUAAAAAGGCCGGCGAAAAAUGUUCCGAAAUUUUCGAAAAAUCGGGAAAAUUUUACAUUCUUUUCACACGUCUUUCAUUUCUUUGAAUUUAGUGACAAAACAUGCAAAUUGUCGAUUUAAAAAAUCGAAUGAAAAAAUUGUGGGUUGAAAGAAAAAUUUGAAAGAUCAAAUGCGAAAAGUGAAAGAAUUUUUGCGAAAAGUUGGACAGUCAACCAGAGAGAUUCUCCAUUAACUUUUAAGUCUUCCAAUUUUUGUUGAAUUUCGAGCUCAAAAAGCAUAAAAAUUGAGAAUCCGUAAGGUAAAAAAGCUACAAAAAAAAUGGAGUGCACAGAACAAUGCUGAUUGAAAAGCAAUAACUUCAAAAGAUUGAAAUAGCCAGAAGCCAACGAAAUCGAUAGGAAAAUGGUUCCCGGUUAUGGACGUAGCACUCCGUUUAAUAUCGUGCAAAAAGCUUGACAUUGAAAAGCUCGUUUGGUUAAUUGCUCAAGGAAAUGGUAAAAUAAGUUGGAGUGGAAUUUUUCGUUUGUUCAAAACGAGCUAUUCCAAAAUGAAGUAAAAUCUGCACGACACUUGGGAACAUAUUUCAAAACAUUAGUAGCGCGUUAAUGAGAAAAACUUUACUGCAAGUAAUUUUCUUGGAUGAAAAAAAAAGUCGAUAUUGAAGUCGAAUCCAUAAAAUUUUCCGUGGUUAAAACUUGAAUGUUAUCUUCAAUUUACGUCGUAGAAAAAUCGCUCCAAUUUUUUGCCAGAAUAGAGCUCACCGAAGAAGCGAAAUAAAAAAAAAUGAGAUAAAUAGCGGUGAAAGCAGUCUGAUCGAUUUGUCAUGGAAUGGCCUCGUACAAAUUCAUAUAUAUAUGCAUAAAAGAUUGCGUACGAGCGUUGUCUGGCUGCGCGGGACCACACGCCAACGACAAUCAUCAAGCAAACUAUACAAUAGUGGCAAAAAAGAGAAAGAUAAAAAAUGAAAAAAUAAGAAAAGUCAUAUCGCUAUACUAAGAAUGGGGCCUCUCUCUCUAAUAUCGCUCCAUUUGUGCAUUUAUUUAACAAUGGUAUAAAUUAUAUCGUACAUCCGGGUGGCUCCCGCGUAUAUCGAUCGCCUAUCUCGUCCGAAGAAGAUUAGCAUCGUCAUAAAAAGCACGUAAAUGAUGAGGGUGGGCACAAAGAAAACGGACGAUUAUCGAUCGAUGAGAGAAGCAGCACAUUAACGCGAUUAUACACAUGUACGUGAGGCGAUGCCGUUACAAUCAUUUCUAUCAUCUUGUAAAUGAUCAUUUAUUUAUUUUUCUAUUUGAAUAAUGAAAAGAAAAAAACGGGUCCAUGCAACGAGACUUGGAAAAAUGAGCCGAAGCUCGUUGCUCGCACCCUCCAGGCAAUAUUACACUUGAUAAAAAAUCAAAUAUAAAACAAACAAAAAAAUAAACGAUACAGGGAAUUAACGUCGUGCCGGAUACAGCGGCUCUCGAUCUCUCUCUUUCUUUCUAUCUUUCUUUCUAUAAAAUCCUUGUCUCUCACCUCUCGUUCUUUUAUAUCUAAACUCUCUUUCUCUCUUGCCCUUAUCGAGAACGACGUCAUAUUCCAAGUAUCUCUCCAUCACUCUCUGUAAAUACAUAUCUAGGUUUAUCGUAUUAGAUUAUAAAUCUUGUGUAAAAUGAGCGAUUAAAUAUAAAAAAGGAGAAAAUUAAAAAAAAAAAAAAACAAACAAACAAAGACGAACUUUUCUUGUAGAGCAAAUCAA